GGUGACAUUCACGGACAGUUCUACGAUCUACUCAGGCUGUUUGAUUAUGCCGGGUUUCCACCGUUCGCAAACUACUUGUUUCUGGGCGACUAUGUGGACAGAGGGCGGCAGUCGAUUGAGUCCGUGGUUUUGAUGUUGGCGUAUAAAAUCAAGUAUCCCGAAAGUUUCUUCAUGUUGAGAGGUAAUCACGAGUGUGCGUCCAUCAAUCGCGUGUACGGCUUCUACGAUGAGUGUAAGCGGCGGUAUAGUAUCAAGAUGUGGAAAACGUUUACGGAUACGUUUAAUGCCAUGCCUUUCGCAGCUGUGGUGGCGAAUAAGAUCUUCUGCUGUCACGGCGGGUUGUCACCGGAUCUCAAGAGUUUACAGCAGAUACAGCGAAUCAAGCGGCCUACAGAUGUACCCGACGAAGGUAUGCUGUGUGAUCUCCUGUGGUCGGAUCCGGAUCCUGGCGUCAAACUGUGGGGCGAAAAUGAACGCGGAGUGUCCUACACAUUUGGUGUACAGGCCAUCAAAGACUUUUUGGACAGCUUAAAUUUAGAUAUGAUCGCCCGUGCACAUCAGGUGGUACAGGAUGGCUACGAGUUCUUUGGACAGAGGAGGUUAGUCACCAUUUUCUCGGCGCCCAACUACUGCGGCGAGUUUGAUAAUGCUGCUGGGAUCAUGACGGUAGACGAGGAUUUGGUCUGUUCCUUCCAGAUUCUGAGGCCAGCCCCAAAGAUAUCUGGUCUGAACAAGCAACGAGGCAUUGUCAGGACUAUGAAGGAGCCCGAGGAAGUGGUCGUGCCGAUUAUCAAAGAGAAGAAGGCUUACUAGUAGUAUUUAGCCUUAGUGGGCAGUGUUAGGAUAUGGAACCCCCUAAUACAGGAGUGGUCACUUACUAUGUCUUGGCAGUUGAUGUGACUUUGAGAGUAGUGCGUACAGUGAACGCCGCGAUUGCGGCUUGUGAGCUUCUGAUCUGCCACGUCAGUUAAUUUAAUCGGUUCUGUCGGGCCUUACGACUCUCAAACAGUGUGUUGUGGGUGUUAUAGGCCCAGGGUUGUGCGAGCACCUGAAAUGCGCCGGGAGCGUAGCAACAUCCAUCAAUACCUGGGGAUGGGGCGCAGAAGUCGGAGUUCAGAAACAUCAAACAUCAGACACUGGGUGCAGGGGUUCUGGGGUAAGUUCGCCUUCAAGCUCUCCUGCAAGCCAUUUCCGGCAUGAAAAAUCAAAAGCUUUCGAAUCCAACGCUGCCUUUUUGGCCAAGAAGGGGAUCACUUAAAACAGGGCACAUGGUCAUUGUCAUUGUCCGGUGACGCGAGCCGUCGAAGUCACGUGGUAUGUAAGCAUGCGGUCUUCAUCGAAUUUAGCAGCAAAUACGCCGCAAAGGCACGAUCACCCCACAGGUCACACACUUGAAUUGGGUCUGGCUGGCGCAUGGAGAGGGGACACAUUCGAGAGACAACAUGAUAUUCUGUGAUACACUUUCAGCAGGAUUUGUAAUCUUGACUUGGUACGCAGUACAUCAGAGCCUAGAGAGAUCACCGUUUGAUAACUUCUCAGCCAGAAGUACUGGCCAGCGGUACUCCAGCACCUCUCAACCUCACCUGCAUAGUGUGACAUGGUUGAGUAUCCCCAUAGUAUACUCGGGAAGCCGAAAGAAGUCAACAGAUCCGAACGUCUGGGCGCCUCAGAUGUUGGGUAGGGGCGGCUGAUCGAUGUGUACAUUCUGGAGACGGUGCGAUGCAAUAUAUAUGUAUGGCCGUACACAUCAGCUGCACCUGCUCCACUACUGAUGCCUCGUGUGACAGCGCCCGCAAUGGAGUCUUGCGUUGCUAUGCCAAAGGAAUAAUCCGCUGAUAGUAUCGGAGGAAUGUUGGGUUUGAGGCCACAAUGCGAUAUACCCAAAUAUUAGGACUGGGUCAUUUAAAGCCGCCCGCGUAUGCCUGUCUCGACGAGAUAUUGAGCAGCCAAGCUCACUAACAAAUAAAUGUCACAGGUGUGUUGGUGUCUUUCUGAGCUGCCAUCCCAAAGGACACGGUACGUC